AUCGGCAUCUGGAUGUCAAACUUUGAAUCGAGGUGUUAAAACUUUCAAAAAUGACGUUUACAUGACAAAUCUUGAGUGGAGUUUCAUAUCUAAUAUCUUCUCAAUAAAGACCUAAGUACAACAGACGCCAUGGAUAAACCAAAGAAAACGUUCGAAUUUCGAAUGUCGAAAAAGGUUGCUGAGCUAACGCAAGUAGUUCACAUGCUUUUCACCAGGAACCAUGAAAAGGAAAUUGAAAUGGAAGCACUUAAAGAUGCGUAUGAACACGAGAUCGAGCUUGUGAUCAAAGAUGCAAAAAACAAGAUUUCGUUACUGGAAAAACAAAUUUCCGAAUUACUGAAAAAUAGACAGAAAAACUCCGAGAAGCAAUUGGAUUUGAAAGCGAUGAGGGAUGAAUACGAAAGGAAAGUGAAGGACUUAGAGUCAUCUUUACACGAUGAGAAAACGGAGUGUCAGAAUUUAAGAGACCUGUUAAUCAAUGCUCAAGGUGACAUCGAAAAACUCAGAUGUGGUGUUUCCGAUCAGAUUGUUCAUAAAAAUGAAGAACUCAAGCGGAAAGAGGUUGAAAUGGACAAACUGAGAAAACGUUCAGCAAUUCUGGAAAAAAAUCUAAAAGAAACCGAAAGAGAAAUGACACUGACAAUGCGCGAAGCCGAAAACAACGCAGCUAAACUACGCGAGGAAAUAACUCAUAUACAUAGUGCUUUAGACGAUAGUUACCAAACAAGAGAAUCUUUACAUUCUAGAAUCAAACAGCUGGAAGCAGACUUAAAAUCCUACAAAAGAGAUUUCAGUAGAAAAGUGACCGAAACUGUAGCUAACCAAGUUGGUAGACUUUCUAAAAGUGUGCACUAUUCAGAAAGUGAAGAACUAGAAAAAUUACGUAAAGAAAUUCAAAAAUAUCGUUUAGAGUUGAGCAAUAGAGACUGUAAUUUCAACAGAAUGUUCACAGAAAAACAACCAAUAUUCAUCGACCAGCGAUCUAAUGGAGCCAAGACGAAUGGUCAUCACCCUAACUCAGCAACAUCUUCGCAUACAAAUGGUGUAACGUCAGCAUCACCAUCGCCACAGUUAUCAUCGGCAUUUUACCGUAGAGAAAGAUCUUUCUCUCAAAUCAUCUCGUUACCCUCAGAGGAUCAGAAAUCAGCAAUACAACGACCAUGCUCAGCAGCCGAUCUUGGUCAGUUACCGAAAAUAGCAGCAACGUAUUCCGAUAGAGCAAAGAUAUCUAAAUUAGUUAAACCAAAACCACUGCCUAGAGAAAUGUUGUUUUCUAAAUAAAACAAAUGACACAUU